UGACAGCUGUUUGCAUUUAAAUCUACAGGCAGUACGCGGUAACAUAAUGCAUUUGCACAAUUUUCAUCCAAUUGCAAAUAAAGUGUUUUAUUUAAAGUAAAAUAAAGUUUGCAUAUAUUACUUUCAAAAUCAAUGGUUAGAAUACGUGGCGUAAGAUGCGCCUUAGCAUCGGAUGGACAUUUACUCAAAGGUGAUGGUGUGUUUAUUACCAAUCCAAAGCAUGUGGAAUUCGCGCGCAAACGUCGAAAGGACUUUCGUCCGGAAAAUCGUGUCUGUGCUGAAUGUGCAAAAUUCUUUAUACAUGUAUAUGAUAUGAAACUAAAGAGCGCUAAAGAGAAAAAACGACAGGCCUCACUGACUGUCUCGUCCUCUUCAUCACUGGACGACUUUGAUCGCAUUGUAUAUCAAACGCCGCGUACCAAACAUUUACGUGACUUUGUCAAACAAAGCGCACCAUACAAUUUGGGUGGACCGUCACAGGAAUUAAGUGAAAAUGUGGAAGAAGAAAAUCAAGCUCAUAACGACAAUGCUGGAAACAGCAGCUACGGAUCAAAUGAACAACAUUCGCUAAUGGUUAGUGAUGAUAGCAGUGUCAAUUCCAUAGCUAAUGUAAAUGCACCAUCUCCUGGUACUCAUGAAAUUGCCACAGACAGUAGCGACAAUUCACAGGAGUUAAUAAAAGUUGUAAGACCAACAGCCAGCGCUGCAACGACUGCGACAAACGAAAUAAGAAUUGAAAGAAAUUAUAAUGUGGCUGUUCAAGAAGUUGCUGGUGAAGUUGUAGCACACAUUAGCGAUAAUACACAAAAUGUAUCACAAACUAUAGCACCAAUAAACAACACAACGACGACUGCGUCAAACGUAGUAAGAAGUAAAACGAAUAAUAAAGGACAAGAUGAGCAUAUCACCGCGGAUGCAACAGUAUGGCGUAAGCCGACGCAGCCAGCGAAACGUAAAAGAGUACACAUAGCACCAGAACCACCAAACAAACAUUUUGCUAGUAAUGUAACAGCGCCAAAUGCGUCGAACAAACGAAUUUCACAAGUUUCAGCUAAUACAUCUACAACCAGCGAUGAGGACUUUGACGAUUACCAACCAAGCUUAAAUGCACUCAAUGGCACACGUUUACCGCAUAUACAACCAAUACCGAAACGCAGGCAUUUCCAGCACGCCAUACCGACGGUGCAGGAUAUCUAUAUGCAAGGCAUCACAGGCGGCUAGAAAUUUGACAAAUCAUUAUUUUGUAAAACUAAUUUAUAUUUCAGCGCAAUUAUUUAUAUUUAUUUUCAAAAUUCAUAAUUUUUUAUGUUAAUUAAGUUAAAAAGUUGUUAAAUGUGCAUCAUAUUUGAUUUUUAUUAAAUUUAUUUUUGUAUUUGUAUUGUAAUUAUAGCUAUUUGUUUAACGGCAUUAUGUAAUUGUACUUCUAUUGUGUAUUAGUAAAAUUAUUAUUGUUAAAUUAUGAAUUUUAGCAGCAGGUACGCUUAUUUCAAUAAAAACUGUAAUAAUAAAUCAUCAUGGAAAAUA